GGCUCAACCACUGGGCCACACUGGCCGGGCUCACCAUUUCUGAUUAAGUUCCACUUGCCAGAACUUAGUUGUAGGGCCACAUCCAACUCCAAGGGAAGCUGGGAAAUGUCGUCUCAUUUGGGGUUGGGUGAUGUCUAUUACCGAGCAGAAGCAGGGAGUGCCUAUUGGGGAACAAGUUGUAGGUUCCAAAUUGUGGAUAAUUGGUUAGUCCGGCUAAUGAUUUUUUGUGCCACUCAGCGGCCAUCUCCCAAGCCUGGCGAGGCCGACAGGGCCAGCGAGGAUUCUCUGCACCUUGACAUGCAGAAGCUGAAGGAGAAGAGGGACCUGCUGGACAAGGAGAUCUCCCAGUUAAUAUCAGAAGGCUACAGUGUGGCUGAACUGGAGGACCAUAUCUCCCAGCUCCAUGAGUACAACGACAUAAAGGAUGUAGGCCAGAUGCUGCUGGGCAAACUGGCCGUGGUCCGAUGUGUCACCACCAGAGACUUGUAUCCUGAGUUUGGCCUGGACAUGAGUGACUGAGCAGAGGCUCACAGUGCCUGGUCCAUGGCCCCUGGUCCACGGCCCCCUGGGGCAGGCUGUGCAGCUGUGAGAAGCUGUGUGAGCCCAGGUGGCACACCCACACUUACCAGCGAGAAGGUGUUGGCAGCCUUUUCCGGAGAGCCCACGCCAAGUCAGGAGGGAGUCCGGGGAAGGGGAAGGUGUGUCCCCAGCUCCAGGACUCCUGAGACGCCCCAGUGAUGCCUGUGUCUAUAUCUGUCUCCUGUUUGUGAAUAAACACAUGGAUGGUCUUGGUGUGAAUCUGAA